AGCGAUAGAGAGAGAGAAAUAUACACAACUACGAGAGAUAAAACCUGAAUAGAGAGAUCAGAGAUCAGAGAUAGAAGAAGAGACAGAAAACCAAAGUUACACCUGCUCAUCUAAAACAUGUCUGAACAGACACAGAUUUCUGAUUUCAGUGAAAGGGAUGAAAAACCAGAGAGCAUGAAGGAAACCUUCAUCCCUCCUGAGUUAUCCACAAACCUAGCUGAGAUAAUUGAAGACCUGAUGAACUGUGAGGAUCUGUUCCAGGACAAAGACCUCACCUCCCGUCCCAGUUCUACUCUCAAAGACAAGAAGAGCUUAUACUCUCUGUCUCAGAGUUCCCUGGACAAGGACCGCAUGUCCAUAGCCACCUCUGUGUGGUCAUCUCCUGCCUCAGACAUCUCUGAGAGGAUCUCACAUGACGUCCAAUCAGAGGAGAGCAGGAGAGCGUCCUCCACCGGCAUCAAGAAGAUGUCUGAUUCCAGUCAAACUGAAGAAGAGGCAGACGAUCUGAUGAAGUGUGACGACCUCUUGGAAGAUGAAGCCGCGGACUUGCGUCUUGAUUUGUCUUCCAUAAAUGAGGAGCGCUCUCACACUCUGUCUUGGGGUUCCCUCAGCUGGGACAGCAGGACCAUGGUGAGAGGUUUAUAUUCAAGAUCCUCGGAUGAUGAACAUCAAUCACACCAGGAGGAAGCAGAGGCAGGAGAGGUCAAACAAACAGAUCAAAGUGACCCUGCUCCUGCCAGCUCCAAGACCACCAUCUCCACCAGGGGGAAGUUCUUCAGAUGGAUGAAGAAGAAUAAAAUCCACCCCGAUGAAGUUGAUGUCAGCACUGGACAGAACAUAAAGAGCCCACACUGUCCACCAGAGACUUGCUCCUCUAUUGAAGAGGUGCCAAGAAAAGUCAGCUAUGAGACAAAAACAAAGAAGGGCAAUCGUUUCACACGAUUCUUCAGAAGCAUCUUCUCAAAGAACGAGAAGAAGUUGAAGCAGGAUAAGAUGGAGAAUGGGCAGAAAAAGGCAGCCAUCAAAGUUCCUGUUGAGGAACAGGAAGUCGAUACAGAGGAGACAGAAGAUGAGGUCCAAUCUCCAAACAUUGGCAGAUCGAGUCCCUCUUCACUUCAGGAGGAUAAAAUCCCUUCACCUCAGAGCCAAACAACGGCUGGAUCUGUGAUCCAAGUGGAGGGUAUAAGUUCUUCUCCAAGACCGUCAUAUGAUGAAGAUUCAUCACCCCAGGAGGAAGCAGAGGCAGGAGAGGUCAAACAACCAGAACAAAGUGACUCAGUGACCCCUGCCAGCUCCAAGACCACCAUCUCCACCAGGGGGAGGCUCUUCAGAUUGAAGACGAACAAAAUCCACCCCGUUGAGGCUGAUGUGGGCACUGGACAGAACAUAAAGAACUCAGACUGUCCACCAGAGACUUGCUCCUCUAUCGAAGAGGACCAUGUAGAUGUCAGUGCUGAGACAAAGAUGAAGAAGGGCAAUGGAUUCACAAGAUUCUUCAGACGCAUCUUCUCAAAGAACGAGAAGAAGCUGAAGCAGGAUAAGAUGGAGAAUGGGCAGAAAAAGAAAGCCAUCAAAGUUCCUGUUGAGGAACAAGAAGUACAUCAAGAGGAGACAGAGGAUGAGGUCCAAUCUCUAAACUUUGGCAGAUCAAGUCCCUUUUCACUUCAGGAGGAUAAAAUCCCCUCACCUCAGAGCCAAACAACGGCUGGAUCUGUGGUCCAGAUGGAGGUGAGAAUUUUUUCUCCAAGACCCUCAUAUGAUGAAGAUUCAUCACCCCAGGAGGAAGCAGAGGCAGGAGAGGUCAAACAACCAGAACAAAGUGACUCUGUGACCCCUGCCAGCUCCAAGACCACUAUCUCCACCAGGGGGAGGCUCUUCAGAUUGAAGACGGACAAAAUCCACCCCGUUGAGGCUGAUGUGAGCACUGGACAGAACAUGAAGAUCUCAGACUGUCCUCCAGAGACUUGCUCCUCUAUUGAAGAGGACAUAGGAGAAGUCAGUGCUGAGACAAAGAUGAAGAAGGGCAAUGGAUUCAUAGGAUUCUUCAGACGCAUCUUCUCAAAGAAAAAGAAGAAGCUGAAGCAGGAGGAGAAUGAGCAGAAAAAGACGCAUGCAGAACAACAUGUCACGCUGUCUUCAUUCAGCUGGUGUGGAGCAGUGAGCUGAAUCCCAUGAACCCACCCAUAACCCCCCCUCUUCCAUUUCACUCCCUCCUCCACAACUCUCUCCCCCGACCCUCCAUUCCUCUCAGACUGUCUCUUUCUGCAUAUAUCAAUAAAAAUAUUGAUAUCCAAGCUC